UAUAUAUAUAUAUUUACAUACGGGUUUAUUACUUCAAAAUUAAUAAUAAAGACAUUUUAUCCUCCCUUUCAUUUUGUUUCUUAAUAAAAAUUUAGUUUUGCUACAGGUUAAUGCCAGAGAGUGUUCGAUGGUUAGUCGCUCAGGGUCGUAAUGAUGAGGCCAAGAAAAUUAUAGAGAGAGUUGCUAUAGUCAAUAAUGUUGAUGUACCAAGACAUCUGCUGGACGUUCAUAAUGUGGAGCUUCGUCCUGUUGACGGAACUCUGUCAGUAACUAGCAGUAACAUUGAACAUGUGAAUGAAACUAGACAAGAAGCAAAGAUCAAGAAGACUGUUCUUGACCUCUUGAGAACUCCUGUUAUGAGGAAAAGAUCAUUCACCUUGUUUUUCUGUUGGUGUGUUUGCGCUCUGGUGUACUAUGGACUAUCCUCCAACUCCAGCACUUUGGGUGGCAAUAUCUUCGUAGAUUUCAUCUCCACAAUGCUGGUCGAGAUUCCAUCGUGCAUUCUCAACUUUCUCGUUCUGGACAGGCUGGGCAGGAAGAGCAUGCUUACAUUCUCCUGUUUACUAGGUGGAGUCGCGUGCUUCACAUCCGGAUUUAUCCCUCAAGGUAAAUUCUGCGAGUUUAUGGUAGAUUCCAUGCCCACACUCACUUCCAUAAUACCCAUGCCCACGCUCACUUCCAUAAUACCUAUACCCGCACUCACUUCCAUAAUACCCAUGCCCACGCUCACUUCCAUAAUACCUAUACCCGCACUCACUUCCAUAAUACUCAUGCCCCACUCACUUCCAUAAUACCCAUACUCACAC